AUGGAAUUUCCCGAUUAUUAUAAAAUUCUUGACGUCGCUGAGACUGCCACUGAAAAUGAAAUACGCGAAGCAUACAAAAAGAAGGCGCUAGAAACACACCCGGACAGAUAUGCACCAGGUACACAAGAUUCGGCAAUAAAUCCAACACUUACACAAGAAGAUGCGAAGAUUCAGUUUCAAAGGGUAGCAGACGCAUAUUAUGUGCUUAGCGACCCAACGCGAAGGGCCCAAUAUGAUGCUGUAAGAGCCAAGAAAAAGCAGAGAGCCGCAUCAUGGUCAAUAAACCAAACGGAUCCAAAUCAAAUGUUUGGUAAUGUGUUUGAGGAGCUGUUAAGACCCGAAAUUGAAAAUCCACAUUGGUUUUAUGCUCCAAUUGGAACAAUCGCUGGAGGGGUUUUGGGAUUUAUUUGCGGUAACGUACCUGGACUAAUGUUGGGGGCUUAUGCUGGAAACAAGUUAGGAGCUGUUAGAGAUGCAAAAGGAGUAUCCGUCUACGAAGCAUAUUCGAAACUUUCAACUAAUCACAAAGCUGCAAUACUAGCAGCAAUUGCUGCUAAAGUGGUAACUGGUG